ACACAAUGGAGGUCACACUUCCGUCAGCCUCGUACGUGAGAGACGGAAGAAUAUAAUGAUUCAGCUGAUUGCUCUAAAUGUGAUUUGUACUGAUGUUAUUGUGUUGAGUGAGGGACACAGCACCUGAGGACCAGGCAAUGAUGACAUCCUCCGCUAAGGGUGAAGGUGCAAGCUUGCAUCUGCUAGAACAUUCUGAGAACCAAACGAGACAAUGUGUGAGUGAGAGAGAGAGAGAAAGGGGUAUUUAUAAACACGCUGGAUGCUGUUUUCAGUGCGGAGCAUCCAAUAAGGACGCGGCUCGCGUUAUCAUGUGCUCGAACACUUGGAAGGAAUGUGCGGAUUGAAUUAGGGUGAGAGAGAGAACGAGAGAGGAGGAGGAUUUCGGAGAUAGACACAGAGUCAUCUCAGCCUCGGCAUUGAGGGAGGUUUAGAGACCAGCUCAUCUAAAUCAAUGCUGUUUACUGACGGAUAUCUAGAGAAUAUAUCUAAAUAUAUCUAAAGAGACAAGGACUGUAAAGAUGUCAUCCCAGCGCUCAGAGUGCAGAGAUCUAUGCGCGGUGCCACCCUCCAUGCCAGGCUUGGAAUCGUCAACAGCUGCCCAGGGCUGGAACUGGCAGCAGGGGCAGCCAGGCGGUCUGCAAUCCUCCAGACUGUUAGAGGACGACAAGCAGGACCUUUCCGCCAAGUCAACAGCACUCAGCCAGGAGGCGGACCAACGGGUAACCAGUCUCCAGAGUAGCAGGGGUGGGAAGAAUUUGGGCAGUGCAGCAGAAAGUCCCACAAGCAUCUCGUCCUCUCCAUCACCCCUGUCUCCAGGGAAAGACCUUUCCACCAAUGGGGUGACAUCGGGACCUUCACCGAGGAGUGGCGUCUUGACAUCCUCAGACAGCGAUUGGGAUCCACCCCCCAGCAUCUCGAAAACAGGCCUCGCACCGAAUUAUUGCGUGAUCGGCGUGGUGAAUGACAGCUAUGUGGAGGGCAAAGUUGAGGGCAAAACGGAAACACGCCCACCCAUGUCACCCCCCGUGCAACAAAAUCGAGUGGUCCAGCGCACAAUGUCAGGCAGUACCCACCUGACAGUGCCUGCUAGCCUUCAGCUGCCCGAUAAAUAUCCAGGGAAGGAUGUGCCGCCACUCCAGACCACCGUCAAAUACUUUACCGUAGAGGACAAACAGAGUCUUCUGCCACCCAUGAGUAUCCCAUCAGCCCCUGCUGGUGUGCCACAGAGUUCUGAAAGGAUACAGUUGCCGCCACAGCCAUCGGGAAGUGGAAAUGCUGUUUCAUCCCCUGACAGUCAGCCUAAAGGUGUCUGUAAUGUAAAAGAAGAUAAGACAGCCAAAGAGAAAAUGGAGAAGGUGGAAACCGCUCCGAAGAUGGAAAGCGUCAACAUAAUUGAGAAGCAAGACAAGCCUGAGAAAAUUGAGAAGAUUGAUCACCUGGACAAGAAAGAUGAGAUCACAAAGAAACCAGACAGUGUGGAUAAGACUCAGAAGAGUGAGCAAAUCAUCAAGGAUGAGAAGAAAGGUGAGAAAGAGGAAAAACACGAUAAUAAAGCUGAGAAAGUAGACAAACCUGAGAAGACAAACAAGGAGAAAGACGAGAAGAAGGACAAUGGAGAAAAAGUGGACAAGACAGCCAAAGCUGAGAAGAAUGCGACGGCUGCUAAAGGACCUGCUAAAUCUCCAACAGCUAAUGGGAGCAAAGAGGUGACCAGCCCAGAUAGUAAGGCCAAGCCUUCAGUUGGGUCAACCAAACAAAGCUCGGCAAGACCUAACUCGCUGUCCACUGGAGACAGUGCAGGUGCCACCAAACGCACCUCUCCCAUCACCAACUCUGCCAAUAAAAAAAGCCCUAUGCCCAAGGCAACAACCCCCACUGCUGGCACCAAGAAAACCCCCACCACCACAUCUACUCUUAAGACUAAGGCCAAGUCUUCUGAGACAGCCACUCAGCAUCGCCCUCCAGUGGCAAAGGCUAAAGCUGCAUCUGCUACGAAUUCUAAAAAUGGCACUACUAUCACCCCAACUACCACCUCUGCCCGACACUCCUCUGCUACAAAGACUGAAAACCAAGCAGGAGAGGUGAAAAAGACAAGUGCAAAAACCACACCAGUUAAAACAACUCCAAGAACAACUCGCACACCAACUUCUGCAACCAGCACUGCAGCCACCAAUGGGACCCCGACCCCUCGUCCCUCCCGCAUCACCAAACCCCCUGUACCCAAGCAGACUCCCCUAGAGAAGAAGCCUCCUGUACCUCGAGCCCCCAGAAAUGUCCGACCCACCAAUGCACCACUGCCGGAUCUAAAAAACGUGCGCUCCAAGAUCGGUUCCACCGAUAACAUGAAGUACCAGCCUGGAGGAGGCAAGGUCCCUGCAGCCCAGGGCAAGACUGAUGCUCUGCCAAAGACCAGCCAGGGCAAAGUUCAGAUAGCCCACAAAAAGCUGGACUUCAGCCAUGUCACCUCCCGAUGUGGCUCCAAGGACAAUAUCAAGCAUGUUCCUGGUGGAGGAAAUGUUCAGAUUUUAAGUAAAAAGGUUGACUUGAGCAAAGUGACCUCUAAAUGUGGAUCCAAGGACAACAUAAAGCACAAGCCAGGUGGUGGUGAUGUGAAGAUUGAAUCCAAUAAGGUUAACGUCAAGACCAAAGUGGGAUCAAUGGACAAUGUAGGCCAAGAACCAGGAGGUGGCAAUGGCAAGGCUGAGGGGGUUCAGCAGAAAUCUGAGGGAAGCCCAUCUCCCCCUGCUGUCUCUCCACCUGUCCAGGCAGGCAAUGGAGCAAAGGAGAACGGUCUGAAAGAGAUCUCUCCUGCUCCUGUACCUUCUUUGGGAGAGGGGCCCAGGGACUCCCAGGGCUUGGACAAGCGCAUCCCUGGGACAAAUUGAGUCCCACAAGCUGAACUUCCGCGAGAACGCAUGUGCUCGCACGGACCACGGCGCCAAAAUCAUCUCCUGGUCCUCCCUGAGUGGCAGCCACCCCCACCCACAUCGCAGCACCUCUCUCAGUGUUUCUCUGGGGUCCGCCAUGUCCUCACUCUCAACCCAGCUUGUCCCAUUCACUCAGCUAUGAGAUGGGUGCAAACCAGUACACUAGCAGGAGAAGGACUCUGAUUUCAACACAGCCUGUCCCUAUCUUCUCAUUAGCUUCUUCUCUUGUUUACACUUUUCUUAGUUUUUUUCUUUGUUGAGAAAGCACCCAUGAGAUCAUGUUUUGGGAAAGAUCCAGGCUGUGGUUUAAUUUACAGCACUUCUUUUCGAAUGAAGGGUUUGGUUUGAGGCUAGAUAUGGGAUAAAGUCACCAGAGUGUUAGAGACAGAGUUAUGGAUGCUCCAGCUGCUUAGCUCUUAAUGUCAUCUUUGUUAAAUCCAUAGCAUUUUGUCCGUAACACCAGAGUUUCCUUCUAAACUUCUUACGAGCCUGUGCUAUCCUUUAAACAGACCUAACUUUAGAGGUAACACCCUCUUUUCUGUCUCUAUCUGGCAGUAGAUGUUCUCCAAUGGGAACCCCAGAACUCACUUGAGAUGUAGCUUAUUACAUCAUAUUACAGCAGUUACGUUCCCUGUAUUGUUAGUAUUUGGGGCUGUCUUAAAUCCCAGUCAAAAGGGACAAAUCAGCCACCAGCCAUCCAUCUGCUCCCUUUGCUCGACUGACCCUGUCCACCUCACAUGAAUUAUAAACCCUGUUCUCCCUCAGUAUUUAAAUGAGCACUUAAUCAUUUAAAACGUAAAGGUUGUUCAAACAAUAGCAUAUUUACAUCUUCAGUGAGUUUGCUGUGUUGUGUUUGCGUAUAUUCCUGUAACGAUGAGCUGUAUCAUUAUGUCUAACCAUCUGAUUACAUUUUCCACUUUCCAUUUCUCUCAAAGCAUCUUGUGAACUAAUAGGACACAAAAACACAUGACACACAUAAACUACAGCAUGAUACAGGAAGAGAAAAAGAAGUGGCACGCAAACUAAACAGACAGGAUGGAAAGAAAUAUGGAUGGAUAAAGAAAGAUUUCAGAAAGUUCAAAUGGAAAUGUGUUUACACUCCGUGUACAGGUCAUUAUUAUUUGCAAAAAGGUCCAAAUCAUCCCCACUUUUAAUUAAGUAUUAUAUCUCCAAAUCUAUAAGGUAAACAACUUUUACACUGGACAUUUGAACCAGCAUGUGCAAGGGCCCAUUACAUUAACAGUAAAUGUAUUCUAACUAAGCAUUGCAAUACAAUACAUUUCCCUAUUAUUUAUUCCGUGGCAAUUGAUAAAUUGUUGUUUAGAAAUUACUAUUUAAUCAAACAGUAGUAAAUGCUAUUUGUUUGUUUUUUACCAAGUGAUAUAUUAUUCACCAUGUAGAUGAAUAUCAUAGUUUUAAACUCUCCAAACCUACUAUUGUAGGGCUGCUUUUUUGAAACUCUUGACUAGUGAAACUGUUUAACAGUGAAUUUGUGGGCACUUUAUUGUUAGUAAUAUUAUUCUAGAUAUAUUUAGCUACACAAUGCCUGCAGAAAAAAAAAAAAAAAAAAAAACAUUUUGCCGUUGUUGGUUAAAAGUGAUUCACUACAUGGUGUGAAAUAUGUAUUUUACAUAUCGCGAUUUUUUCCCUGGUAUUUUACUGUGACGUUAUGGUAGAUCAUCGAUGGGUGGUAAUUUUGUAACAUCAAAGAAAGUAAUGUCGUAACAUUGAAGAAAAUCCCACGUAAACAUGAACAACAGAGACCAGGAAGUAAUAAAUUAUGCAAAAAUCCUAAUUAGCUGAUGAGCAUUUAAAAUGCACUUUAUGGUGGACGUUUUAUACUACAACGAGAGCGAUAAGAUUGAAUGAGCACAUUUUACUAAAUAUUAUCCCCCUCAAAAACAAUCCCAGUUAAUCAAAAAUGCUAAACCUGCACCUGUAUCUCUCAGAGCAGUCUGUAAAUAGAGUUUGUGCGAGUGUGAGCAAGUGUGUUUAGUGUAGAGCAGCUGCGCUUGGCCAAACGGUCCUGUUGUGAUUAGUGUGUACUGUUCAGGGGCUAUGCCAGUAAACUUCAGUGUUGUACUCUUGAUAGUGAUCCUAAACUUUCAUGCCUUCAGACAGCUCUAUUUUGUCAUUUCCAUAAUGAAUGAACACUUCUCACAUCCCCCACACGAGUCCACUCAACGCAGUUUUGUAAAUACACGUUUCACACUUUACACCCCACAGGGGGAAAACACUACUUCUAGGUUGGGUUGUAUAGAGAAGCAAAGUAAAGAUUUUGCAUCUAUGAAUAUUUCUCCAGACAGUAUUGUAUUCUUUAAGACAGUCUGCCUUUUUUUUAAAAAGGGCUUGCAAACAAGAAUGUUUUUAAACUGUAUUGUAUUCAAGGAAGCAAAGAAUAUAUAUUAUGUGUGUAACUUUUUCUCUUUGUCAUCACAGGUCACAUACUAAAUACAAUGUAAUCAAUAGGAGGAGGAGUGUGAUUGAUUUUGCCUAAGGAUGGAAAAACUCAAAGGACUCUGAGGAUGUCCUUCUGUGUAAAAAAGGCACAGCAUUCUGGUAAUGACUUGAGUAGCCUGACACAGGAUGCAGAAAGUGGGUCGAGAGUUUAGAGGUAAUCAGUAACCACAGGAACAAUGAUUCCUCCCACAAACUGCACCUGACACAUAGACCUUGAAUGUUGUUUGAAUAUCCAUGCUGCACAUCUGAAUUAGACUAACUGUAACUGGUAGACUAAUCGGCAUGCUUAAAACUAGAUAGAGCACUGGAAUUAGGCAGCAAAAGAGCCCCCUAGUGUGUCUGUUAGGACUCACAAUGUGUGUACUACCCAUAGAACACACCGAAAGAGCAUGCUGACAACAAUGGACUACAGACAUCAGUCCUAAACUGGAUUUAAUGUCUCCCCCC